AGGGAUGGGGAGCGGGCCGCCCGGGCUGCAGCAGCACCGGCGCGGGGCGUAGGCGGGUCGAGCGGGCGAGAGCAGGCGCUCGGGCGAGAAGUGUGCGGCGCAGGAGCACUUUGCGAUAGGAUGAGGCUCCGGGCUGGCGCGCGGUAGUACUAUGAUUUGGUAUGUGGCCACUUUGAUAGCAAGUGUGAUCAGCACCCGAGGUCUCGCGGCUCAAGCUGCCCACGGCCUGCGAGAGGAGCCCGAGUUUGUGACGGCGCGAGCUGGCGAGGCCGUGGUUCUGCGAUGCGACGUGAUCCACCCGGUGACUGGGCAGCCCCCGCCCUAUGUUGUGGAGUGGUUCAAGUUUGGGGUGCCCAUCCCUAUCUUCAUCAAGUUCGGCUACUACCCACCCCACGUGGACCCUGAGUAUGCAGGCCGAGCGAGUCUUCACGACAAAGCUUCGCUGCGGCUGGAGCAGGUUCGCUCUGAGGACCAGGGCUGGUACGAGUGCAAAGUGCUCAUGCUGGACCAGCAGUAUGAUACCUUCCACAACGGCAGCUGGGUGCACCUCACCAUCAACGCUCCCCCCACCUUUACAGAAACACCCCCCCAGUACAUUGAGGCCAAGGAGGGGGGCAGUGUCACCAUGACCUGCACAGCUUUUGGGAACCCCAAGCCGAUUGUCACCUGGCUCAAGGAGGGGACACUCCUAGGUGCUAGUGGGAAAUACCAGGUGAGUGAUGGGAGCCUGACGGUGACAUCGGUCAGUCGGGAGGACAGAGGUGCCUACACCUGUCGCGCAUACAGCAUCCAGGGAGAGGCAGUCCACACCACCCACCUGCUUGUGCAAGGGCCUCCCUUCAUAGUGUCCCCUCCUGAGAACAUCACUGUCAACAUAUCCCAGGAUGCUCUGCUUACCUGCCGGGCGGAGGCGUAUCCCGGCAACCUCACUUACACCUGGUACUGGCAGGACGAGAAUGUCUACUUUCAGAAUGACCUGAAGCUGAGAGUGCGGAUCCUGAUCGACGGCACCCUGAUCAUCUUCCGGGUGAAGCCCGAGGACGCAGGGAAGUACACCUGCGUCCCUAGCAACAGCCUGGGGCGCUCCCCCUCGGCCUCCGCCUACCUGACUGUGCAGUACCCAGCCCGUGUCCUCAACAUGCCCCCCGUGAUCUACGUGCCCGUGGGAAUUCAUGGCUACAUCCGCUGCCCCGUGGACGCAGAGCCGCCGGCCACCGUGGUCAAGUGGAACAAGGACGGCCGCCCCCUGCAGGUCGAGAAGAAUCUCGGUUGGACCCUGAUGGAGGACGGCUCCAUCCGCAUUGAGGAAGCCACAGAAGAGGCCCUGGGCACGUACACCUGUGUGCCUUACAACACCUUGGGGACCAUGGGCCAGUCUGCUCCCGCACGGCUUGUCCUGAAGGACCCCCCGUACUUCACGGUGCUACCAGGCUGGGAGUACAGGCAGGAGGCCGGCCGGGAGCUCCUGAUCCCCUGUGCUGCUGCGGGGGACCCCUUCCCUGUCAUCACCUGGAGAAAGGUAGGGAAGCCCAGCAGAAGCAAGCACAGCGCCCUGCCCAGCGGGAGCCUCCAGUUCCGAGCCCUGAGCAAGGAGGACCACGGCGAGUGGGAGUGCAUCGCCACCAACGUGGUCACCAGCAUCACUGCCAGUACCCACCUGACCGUCAUCGGCACCAGCCCCCACGCCCCAGGCGGAGUCCGGGUCCAGGUCUCCAUGACAACUGCCAACGUGUCCUGGGAGCCCGGCUACGAUGGAGGAUUCGAGCAGACAUUCUCAGUUUGGAUGAAGCGGGCGCAGUUUGGACCCCAUGACUGGCUGUCUCUGCCAGUGCCCCCGGGGCCCAACUGGCUGCUCGUGGACGCCCUGGAGCCCGAGACAGCGUACCAGUUCAGCGUCCUGGCCCAGAACAGGCUGGGGACGAGCGCCUUCAGCGAGGUGGUCACUGUGAACACUUUAGCAUUCCCCAUCACAACCCCAGAACCCCUGGUGCUGGUUACCCCACCGCGGUGCCUCACAGCCAAUCGGACCCAGCAGGGUGUGCUGCUGUCCUGGCUCCCACCUGCCAACCACAGCUUCCCCAUCGACCGCUACGUCAUGGAGUUCCGUGUCGGAGAGCGCUGGGAGAUGCUAGACGAUGCCAUCCCAGGCACCGACGGAGACUUCUUCGCCAAGGAUCUGUCACAGGACACCUGGUAUGAGUUCCGGGUUUUGGCCGUCAUGCAGGACCUGGUCAGCGAGCCCAGCAACAUCGCCGGCGUCUCCAGCACAGACAUCUUCCCCCAGCCGGACCUGACGGACGAUGGCCUGGCGCGGCCGGUCCUGGCUGGCAUCGUAGCCACCAUCUGCUUCCUGGCGGCUGCCAUCCUCUUCAGCACCCUGGCCGCCUGCUUUGUCAACAAGCAGCGCAAGCGUAAGCUCAAGCGCAAAAAAGACCCUCCGCUCUCCAUCACCCACUGCAGGAAGAGCCUGGAGUCCCCCCUGUCCUCGGGCAAGGUGAGCCCAGAGAGCAUCCGGACGCUCCGGGCCCCCUCCGAGUCCUCUGACGACCAGGGCCAGCCCGCAGCCAAGAGAAUGCUGAGCCCCAGCCGGGAGAAGGAGCUGUCCUUGUACAAGAAGACCAAGAGGGCCAUCAGCAGCAAGAAGUACAGCGUGGCCAAGGCGGAGGCCGAGGCCGAGGCCACGACGCCCAUCGAGCUCAUCAGCAGAGGCCCCGACGGCCGCUUUGUGAUGGGGCCCUCCGAGGUGGAGCCCGCGGUGAAGGGCAGGCGCAUCGAGGGCUUUCCCUUUGCGGAGGAGACGGACAUGUACCCCGAGUUCCGCCAGUCUGACGAGGAGAAUGAGGACCCCCUGAUGCCCACCUCGGUGGCUGCCCUGAAGUCCCAGCUGACCCCUCUGUCGUCCAGCCAGGAGUCCUACCUGCCUCCACCAGCAUACAGCCCCCGGUUCCAGCCCCGCGGGCUGGAGGGCCCCGGCGGCCUGGAGGGGCGGCUCCAGGCGACAGGCCAGGCCCGGCCGCCCGCCCCCCGGCCCUUCCACCACGGCCAGUACUACGGGUACCUGAGCAGCAGCAGCCCUGGGGAGGUGGAGCCGCCGCCGUUCUACAUGCCGGAAGUGGGCAGCCCCCUGAGCUCGGUCAUGUCCUCCCCGCCCCUGCACACGGAGGGGCCCUUCGGCCACCCCACCAUCCCCGAGGAGAACGGAGAGAACGCGUCCAACAGCACGCUGCCCUUGACUCAGACCCCCACGGGCGGGCGCUCCCCGGAGCCCUGGGGGCGACCGGAGUUCCCCUUCGGGGGCCUGGAAACCCCGGCCAUGAUGUUCCCCCACCAGCUGCACCCCUGUGAUGUGGCCGAGAGUCUGCAGCCCAAGGCGUGCCUCCCCCGAGGACUGCCCCCCACCUCCCUCCAGGUGCCCUCGGCCUACCCGGGCAUCCUGUCGCUGGAGGCGCCGAAGGGCUGGGCCGGCAAGUCACCGGGCAGGGGCCCCGUCCCAGUGCCCCCCGCCGCCAAGUGGCAGGACAGACCCGUGCAGCCGCUGGUGAGCCAAGGGCAGCUAAGACAUACCAGCCAAGGUAUGGGCAUCCCCGUGCUGCCUUACCCCGAGCCGGCCGAGCCGGGGGGACACGGUGGCCCCAGCACAUUCGGCCUGGACACCCGGUGGUACCAGCCCCAGCCCCGGCCCCGGCCCAGCCCCCGGCAGGCCAGGCGCGCUGAGCCCAGUUUACAUCAAGUGGUGCUACAGCCCUCCCGGCUCUCGCCUCUGACCCAAAGCCCCCUCAGCUCCCGCACCGGCUCCCCGGAGCUGGCCGCCCGGGCCCGGCCUCGCCCCGGCCUCCUGCAGCAGGCCGAGAUGUCCGAGAUCGCCCUCCAGCCGCCGGCCGCCGUCAGCUUCUCCUGCAAGUCCACGCCGUCCACGGGCUCCCCGUCCCAGAGCAGCCGCAGCGGGAGCCCCAGCUACCGGCCCGCCGUGGGCUUCACCACUCUGGCCACGGGCUACCCCUCCCCUCCUCUGGGCCCCGCGGGGCCUGCGGACAACUUGGAUGUGUUUGGACAGACGCCUUCCCCUCGAAGGAUGGGGGAGGAGCUGCUCAGACCAGAGCCCCCCCCACCACAGUUACCUACUUCAGGGACACAUCCACCCGCCCCCGGGAACGCCGCUGCACCUGAGAGGCUGGAGGCUCUGAAGUACCAACGGAUAAAGAAGCCCAAAAAGUCAUCCAAGGGCUCUUCGAAGUCAAAGAAACGAUCCGACGGUCCUGCCUCCCAGGCUCAGCAGCUUCCAAACUCUCAGGUCCUGUGGCCCGACGAAGCUGUCUGCCUCCGGAAGAAGAAGAGACACGCUCGGCCGGACCCCUUUGCCCGCCUCUCAGACUUGUGCCAUCGCCAGCUUCCGGAAGACCAGACGGCCAUCCUCAACAGCGUGGACCACGACGACCCCGGCCAUGCCACUCUGCUGUGACGACACAACUCUGAAGUGCUCCCGGAGUGAGAGCGCGGGCCGAGGGCCGGGGCGGGGUGCGCCGUGCUGGGUGCCGGGGCCUCGGCUCCCUCCCCCACCACCACCACCAAUGGCCUGGCCGGUACUUCUGCUCACACCUCUGUUCUGCUUCCGCCCCUUCAUCUCUGGGCAGAGCGGCGUCUCCUCCACACCUGGCCCGCUGGCCUCGUCUUUAGGACAUGGGACCGGGCAGACCCUCCGGUGGUGGGUGGAGGUCAGGACGUGGACUGGGGACAGGGCGGGAUGCCUGCUUCCGCCCACCGCUCCCCUCUUCCUGCCGUGGGUUUUUCUCACUUCUUCAAAGAUCUUUGCAAGUGAGGAGGCAAGCGGUGGCUUGUACUGCUCUCAGCUUCUGCUUCGGCUUUUUAAGUCCCCCAAGCGCUGCAUAUAUAUAGAUAUAGGUGCAAAUCAUAGGUUCGUAGUGUGUGGGCUUCUCUAUGUGUAUAUAGAUGUACAUUGAAGCAAAGUGCUGUUUAUUUCUGUGGUCAGUGAAAGAGGCGGAAGCUCAGUAGUUGGACCGCGGAGAGCUGGGUGGGUGUCCUGACGCCCGUCUCGGGGAUUUUUUCUUCCUGAAACAGGAGUCACGCCUUCUCAGCCGAUCUCACCAUUGGACUCUCCACCAUCUCCCACCCAGAGCGGAAAUGGGGGCUUGCCGUUGAUUUCCAGCUGCCUGCUUUGGGGGUUCGGCAACGCGUUGCCCCAGAACUAAACACAAGCCUGUAUUUCUUGGUUCCUGGGUGAAGAAAGGGGGGCAGGCAAAGGGCCGGACUGGCAUCUUCCUUCCACGCUUGGGUUCAGAAUGGAAGCUUCUUAGCGGCAGGGCCGAGAAGCAGGCCUGCACCAGCUCGCGCGCUCACCCAUCAGCCCCUUCAGGUCCAGCCCGGGCCGGCGGGAGCCUUGGGGCCAAAGGGCCUCCGUUCUGGAGCCGCCUGCGCUGCACACCUCGCUGCCGCUGCUCUAUUCAUAGCCCGCCUCCUGCUCGGCGCCCUCGGAGCGCGGAUCCAAAGCCGCUGACUGGGUUCUUCCUUUCCUUUUGUGGGAGCUAAUUUCCCAGAUUGAUUAAUUGCCACUUGCGGGGAGCCCGCCGGCGGCUCCUCUCCCUGCUCUCCACGUGCUGCCUGCAGACUCUGCUCUGCCCGGGCCCCCUCCACCCUGUGGGCCCGGUGUGGGCGGAACGGGGUCAGAUGAAUCUAGGAUGUCUGGGGGUUCUGGGGGUGCUCUGGACCCCCUCUCUUCCCCUGGUUCCAUUUAAGUGGAACUGGCUGAGGCAUGGAAUGAAGGUGGAGGGGGCGCUCUGCCCAAAUCUUGUCCUAGUUCAAACUGUUAGCACCAGACGCUUCUGCGAGGUCAUCUUAAAAUACCUGAAGAUGCACCUCUCUCUCUCUCUCUCUCUCUCUCUCUCUCGUCAGAUGAUGGCACUGUCCAGGCACAGGACAGAGUCCGAGGGGGCGGGCGUGUCUGGUUUCUCUUUUCUCCUCCUGUGCAGGAGCCGCCCUGCUAGCUGCCGGGGUCCAGGUGGCUGUCGGGUUCCUUGAAGUCUUUCCUUCUUGGUGCUGCUGUCCUGGUGGGUUUGGGGACAUCUACCUCUCCUCAGUCACCUGCUCACACAUCGGCCAAGUCAAAGCACUGGAGUCAGCCCGGCCCCGUGACCGAGGCCGGUGGGGCCUCCGAGAGCAGGAAGCCGCUCCUGCUGGGCGCUUCCCUCUCAGGGCUGGGCGCUCUGGCACCCAGACCUGGUGCUUUCCUCCUCUCAGCUGAGCUGCUGCGCGUGGGCACAGUUCCACCACGGGUCUGCCACCCCGGUCGCAGCCACAGUCCGUUUCUCAAUGCAAGAGGUAGAAAGGGGCGGUGUCUGGCCCUUGUCUGUCAACGGCCUCAUCUCUCCGGGGCUGGGCCAGCGCCCUGGGGAGGACCCUGGACCUUUCGGCUGAUGUUACACAUCUCUGGACAUCCAACUCCACUUUCCCACCGGCCCGCGGCCCCAGCUAACGGGAGCCGGGGUGGUGGCGGUCUUCCUUGCAGGGCAGCACUGCCCCUGCCACAAGCCCAUCAGCAAUCACAGACACCUCUGCUGGGCACGGGCCCCGUCUGUGCUCGCCACCUGCAGUUUCUCACGCGGGCCGGGUCCCGCUGCAACGCCGACGUGGGGUGUCAGGGACGUGGGUCUGCGGGAUGAAUUAGGUCAGACUUUCUCAGCCCUGCGUUGGAAUUCUGGGCCCUUCCGGUGACAACAGGAGAAGACGAGGGGGAAGCUUUGCCUUUUUGGGAUGUCGUACAGGACCGAGAGCCAGAGUCUGGGCUGGGGUGCCGCGGGCUAUGGCUGCGCUUUCCAGGGGGACCCCACCACCGUGAGUGUCGCCAGCGCUGACCAAGGUGCUGACUCCUUUUUUUCCUUCCUCUGGCCACGCCCUCACCUCCAGCACAUCAGGCUCAGUGAUGGGAGCAGUGUGUUGCUGGCCAUCGGGUGGCAGCUGUGCGGGGCGAGGGAAGGACACAGGCCACCCUCUCCUCUCCGAGUGGCCGUGGGCUCAUUUCUCCUCCCAAGAGCGCUUCCUUCUGUGACAGUGUCUUUGAGGGCCAGCGGCCUUCCUACCCCCUGGGAGCUGUUUCAGUACCUCCUGCAAGGACUGUGACGGGAAUUGCAAGAAUGCAGCACCUCUGUCCCUGGGGGGAUGGAGGGA